AUGGCUGAGGUGAUAGAGCUGCAGAAGCUGAAGCUUGCUGAGCUGAGGCAGGAGUGCGAGGCCCGAGGUUUGGACACCAAGGGAAACAAAGGGGAGCUCAUCGCCCGUCUGCAAGCCUACCUGGAGGAACACGGUGAGAACAAAAAAGAGGAAGACGUGGAUGUGGAUGAUGUGCUCGGAGAGGAUACAGAGGAGUUGAAGGAGGAGAAUGCCAACGACGAAAAAGCCGAGAAGGAGUCUGAAUCAACUGAAAACGAGGAUCAAGCUGAAAAGAAGGUGGUGAAAAUAAGUCCUCUGUCAACUGCCACCGAAAGGCUACAGAAGAGGGCCGAACGUUUCAGCAUGCCUGCAUCCUCUGAGAGCAAGAAGGCCAUACGUGCAGCAAGGUUCGGUUUACCCAACGAGGCCUCAACUCCUUCUCCAGGAAGUACAGAUGGCGUUGCAAACAGUAAAGCUCCUGUAAGCAGUGAUCAGCUGAAGAAGAGAGCAGAACGAUUUGGCAUGAACGUUUCAUCCAUUUCACAAAAGAUCGAAGAGGAUGAAAAGCUGAAAAAAAGGAAGGAGAGGUUCGGCGGUCUGGCGGCUACAGCAACAGCUGGAGGCCCCGAGGUCGAGGCAAAGAAAAUGAAGCGUGCUGAAAGAUUUGGAAUAGUGUAAAUAAUUAGUUUUAGAGUCUGUUGUUUUUUUUGUUUUUGUUUUAUUUGUUUCUUUUUUUUUUUGUAAAGCAUUUUCAUGACUUGUACACCAGAGAUUCCCGAAGAUCACAAAAAUGUCACUGAUAGGAUUCCCUCAAAAAUCGAAUGUAUACUUUAAAUACAACGAUAAAUGGGUGAGUUAGAUCAUUUAAAUGUUUGUUGGGUGGAAACGCGUAGACAUAAAGAAGCUUGUGAUGUUGUUGAUGUCAGUUACUCGAUAUUUACUGGAUGACUUUUUGUUUUUCUCUCAUUACUGAAAUGCCUUCAAGUCAUUAUUUUCAUUUUUUGCCUCACACAACAAAUUUUCAUUGAUGUCACUUUUUUUUUUUUUCGUUGGUUGUCUUUAAAGUACAUGACGAGCUCAUUUAGUUUUUGUUUAACGGAUACGUGACGAAACCAGUGAGGCU